AUGCUACCUUCGAACUCUGCCCAGGUGGAGGAGGCUGGGCGCUCCUUGCGUGAUACACUAGUGAAUAUCAUGAAGAUCAUUGUUACGGCCCCUGAGGGCGGUGUCUUGGCGUCUUGGCGGGGUUUCAAUGUUGCUUUUCUUCAUGACUUCAAGAUAAGGUCAUUUAUGCAGUUAGGGUCUGGACAGGUCUACGUCUCACUGCAGAGGACUCGUGGGGGACUUACUGGUCUUCAGUGUGCUUACGGGGAGCUGCAUAUGCGAUGA